AUGUAUAUAAAAUCAUCAAUCCCUUUUACUGUUCUGGAGGAUCCCGAGGACGAAAAAUGUUCUUUUGAGGUAUUGUGGAUUAAAAUGCGCCCGACUCGUCUCCCAAGGGGCAUCUCAAGUAUUAUUGCUGGUGUUGUUUAUCAUCCACCAAAAGCAACAAAUUCUAUGAUGUUGGACUAUUUGACUAAGUGUUUAAUGGAAUUGGAGUCUAAAUACUAAAAUUGCGGUUUUCUAGUACUCGGUGACCUUAACCAUCUGAACGAUCCAAGGCUCAAAUCAAACUUCAAACUGAAGCAGAUUGUGCAUUUUCCUACUCGUGGGCAAAACACUCUCGACAAGAUUCUUACCAACCUCCAGGAUUACUACGACACCCCGGUUGAACGUCCCGCUUUUGGUCUUUCAGAUCAUAGCUCAGUUGAAGUACAGCCAAAGCAAAGGGUUAAAACAUCGCAAACAAUACAAACUGUUAUUUCAAGGGACUUACGACCAAGUAAUCGUGUUGCAAUGCAAACGUAUUUAUAUGAAGUCGAUGUUACUGCGGCGAUGAUCAGAGCUAUGACCACUUGCGAAGGAAAGGUGUCGAUGUUACAAACGAUCAUCAAAACUGGCCUUGAUUCUAUCUUACCCGCCGAUGAAGCCCAAAAUUUUCCACCGAACAGAACCACCAUGGAUAAAUUCAACCGUUAA